UUUUGUUAAUUUCGAUCAACGGCGUUGGGGGAUUGGGUCACGACUGCGUUACUUUGCAAAAUACCUGCAUAUAAACAUGGAUUUUCAUUUUACCCUCAUUUUAUUCGAAACUCUUAUUUGAAGCUUUACAGAAAAUGCUCGGCCUCCCUUUUAUAAAGAUGAUAAUAUACAAUAUUUAGUUUCGCGAUCCUGAAGAUUUGAGUGACGCAAUUUAUACUCUUAUACAUCAGCAAUGCUGCCUUGUGCUUCCAUCUCUAGUCAUAUUGACGGACAUCUAGAAUUUCUCGCGACACAGAAACUGCUCGAAAUUCCCUUCAGAAUGCCAUCCCGAAAUAGAAAAGUGCGCAAGCACUUGGAUUUCCUGUGGGACAAUCUUGUGAAAGAUGGUGCAAGCAUAGUCAGGAAGGAUGGUGGAGUGGAUGAUAAUGUCCUGGAUGAGUACAACAUCCUCCGGGUUAGCCAGUUUGACUUUGAAAAUUUAGGAUCCGAAAACUUAUUCGAUCCAAUGCCACUUGAUGAGCUUCAGAAGUACCCUGUCGACACUUCUUCUUUGCUGUACCACUUCCGAGAGUACAAGCCGGAAAAGUGUGGUAAAGGGAGCUCUGGUUGGGCCAUGGGCUCAAGACCAAACGCAUAUGAUAUGCUAGAAGUUCGCGACCUCGAGCGUCUCGAGCAACCCCAUCCUUUCUUUCUAAACGGACGAGCAGGAUGGCAUGACCAAUAUCCAGCCACCUACAAAAGGUCGGGGAGACCUUAUUCGGGUAACCUAUUUCUAGAAAUCUUCCAGGAAGACAAACAGUAUGCCCACCUUACCAUAUCCGCUUAUCAGCCUUGCAACGGCAAAGAAGGUUCUAUUCUUUUUGGAGAGCUUGCAAUCAUAAUUACAGCAAUGCGAAACCGUGCCAACCAACUAAAGGUUGGGGUGGAAUAUGAGGGUGAAGAUGAUGAAUAUAAGUUCCAAGGAAGAAUGCGAAAAACUCCCUUGCAUGUCCGAGGGAAGUCUUUCUCGGUUUGA